CCUUGAAAGAGAGGGAGAGAAGGAGGGAGUAUGAGCCACUGUCAAGUCGCCUGCUCCUGGUCACCAUAGCAACCGUGACGAGCCAGCAUCCAGCUCUGCUGCACUGACUUCUCCAACCCCAGCUGAGAUGCAGCAGUGAGGACAAGAAGCGAGAGGCAGACACCCAGGAUCUCAUUCCUUCCUUGUUGCCUCGACUGUGAAUCCCUGGACCCCGGGAGAGAAUUGCAGAGAAGGGACAAGGGGGAGAAACGGAUGUACCGUGGAGCCUCCCCAUGCUAGCCUUCGGUGGGGGUCCAGCGGGAAGGGGGAGUGUGCAGCACUAAAGAUGUGUGCAGCCAGAGCAGCCGCACCUGCAUGCUGAGGACCAUGGAGAGCCAGCACUUAUUCUGUAUUGAGGAGAUGCCCUUUGAAGCCCUAAUCGAUUAAUGUGACAGAAUCAGGUGGAUCAACAGCCAUCCCACUGCCCCCUUUGUUGGGGGCUGCUGAGAGUGGGGAAGCAUGGAGGACAGUAAGAAUGAGACAAUGAAUCGCGCUCAUGUCCUCUUUGACCGGUUUGUGCAGGCCACCACCUGCAAGGGGACCCUCAAGGCCUUCCAAGAGCUCUGUGACCACCUAGAACUGAAGCCUAAGGACUACCGCUCCUUUUAUCACAAGCUCAAGUCCAAGCUUAACUACUGGAAAGCCAAAGCGCUGUGGGCAAAGUUGGACAAGCGGGGCAGCCACAAAGACUACAAAAAGGGAAAAGCAUGCACUAACACCAAGUGUCUCAUCAUUGGAGCUGGCCCCUGUGGUCUCCGUACAGCCAUUGACUUAUCCUUAUUGGGAGCUAAGGUGGUCGUUAUUGAGAAACGAGAUGCCUUCUCCCGCAACAAUGUCUUGCAUCUCUGGCCAUUCACCAUACAUGAUCUGCGAGGUCUGGGUGCCAAGAAGUUCUAUGGCAAGUUCUGUGCUGGAGCUAUUGACCAUAUCAGUAUCCGUCAGCUUCAACUAAUACUUUUGAAAGUAGCCCUGAUCCUAGGCAUUGAGAUCCAUGUCAAUGUGGAAUUCCAAGGUCUUGUACAGCCUCCUGAGGACCAAGAAAAUGAACGUAUAGGUUGGCGGGCACUGGUCCACCCCAAAACCCAUCCUGUGUCAGAAUAUGAAUUUGAAGUGAUCAUCGGAGGGGAUGGCCGUAGGAACACCUUGGAAGGAUUUCGCCGGAAAGAAUUUCGUGGCAAGCUGGCCAUUGCCAUUACAGCAAAUUUUAUUAACCGAAAUACAACAGCAGAAGCCAAAGUGGAAGAGAUCAGUGGUGUGGCUUUUAUAUUCAACCAAAAAUUUUUCCAGGAACUGAGGGAAGCCACAGGUAUUGACUUGGAGAAUAUUGUCUACUACAAAGACGACACACACUAUUUUGUUAUGACAGCCAAAAAGCAGAGUUUGCUAGACAAAGGGGUGAUACUGCACGACUAUGCCGACACAGAGCUCUUGCUUUCCCGGGAGAAUGUGGACCGAGAGGCUCUGCUGAACUAUGCCAGGGAGGCAGCAGACUUCUCCACUCAGCAGCAGCUGCCAUCUCUGGAUUUUGCCAUCAAUCACUAUGGGCAGCCUGAUGUGGCCAUGUUCGACUUCACUUGUAUGUACGCCUCCGAGAAUGCUGCCUUGGUGCGGGAGCAGAAUGGACACCAGUUGUUAGUGGCCCUGGUUGGGGACAGCCUCCUAGAGCCUUUUUGGCCAAUGGGAACAGGAAUAGCUCGAGGAUUUCUAGCUGCUAUGGACUCAGCCUGGAUGGUACGAAGUUGGUCUCUAGGAACAAGCCCCUUGGAGGUCCUGGCCGAGAGGGAAAGCAUUUAUAGAUUGCUGCCUCAGACCACCCCUGAGAAUGUGAGUAAAAACUUCAGCCAAUACAGCAUCGACCCUGUCACCAGAUACCCCAAUAUUAACGUCAACUUCCUCCGCCCGAGCCAGGUGCGCCAUUUAUACGAUACUGGGGAAACAAAAGAUAUUCAUCUGGAAAUGGAGAACCUGGUGAAUUCCCGAACUACCCCAAAGUUGACUCGCAAUGACCAAGGAGUCAGGUUCAGAAUUAAGAGUCUCGCUCACUUCCUUUUCCCCGGCCUCUUGCUGCCUACAGGUAAAUUCUACUGCAAACCACACUACUGUUAUCGACUCUCCGGCUCCGCACAGAGGAAGAGACCAGCAGUGGUUCCUCUCUCUGGAAAGGAGGCCAGAGAAGCCCUGCAGGAUGGCCCGACUGUGGACGCAAAUGGACGGGCCAGUGCCAUGGCCAGCCCUGCUGAGAGAACCCCAGGUAGCCUCACUUCCUUGUUUGGCUGGGUGGUGCGUCACUCUCUCGGCCUCUGUGACAAGGCCAAGGGGAUGAGCCAGCACCUCCAAAGCAACAUUUCUUCGAUUGGGCAUGAAGUGGCCCAAAACCCUUUGGACUCCUUUUUCAUGUGCCAGCUGCUUGCGUUCGGAGUCCCCUUUCUCUAUGGCCUGUCGGAGGUGCUGGUACAAAUCCGAGGGGAGUUGCGCUGGCAGACCGUGAGCCAGUUGUGGCUUUUAACCGUCUCCUCACUUUGGUUGUGUGGUUGUUUCCCCCACAGCAGUUCUGAGUCCGAGAUGGAGGAAGAGGAGGAGGAGGAGCCUCCUCUGCCCACCUCAGACCUGGGUGGCGUUCCUUGGAAGGAGGCUGUGAGGAUCCAUGCUCUUCUGAAAGGAAAGAGUGAAGAGGAACUAGAGGCCUCAAAGAGCUACGGGCCUGGGAACGAAGAGGAGGAGGAGGAAGAGUAUGAAGAGGAGGAGGAGGAGGAAGAAUAUGAGGAGGAGGAGGAAGAGUCUAGUGAAGUUGGGAGCCAGAGGCUACAGCAGAUCAUAAAUCCGGCCGACCCCUUGGAGAUCCAGGCUGAUGUGCACUGGACACAUAUUCGCGAGAAAGAGGAGGAGGAGCGAAUGGUACCAACCUCUGAGUCCUCCACUUCUAGAGUCCCAUUUGAUGAGAAUGACCUGGAGGAAGAUGUGGAUUCGGAGCCGGCAGAGAUAGAAGGGGAGGCAGCGGAGAAUGGGGACACAGGGGACACUGGUGCUGAGCUGGAUGAUGAUCAGCACUGGUCUGAUGAUAUCCCGUCAGAAGCCGAAACGGAGCUUCGCAUGCAGCAACAGGCAGUGGUGGAAGCGGAGCUGGAGCUGAGGGCAUCAGAAAGUGAGGAGGAGCAACCCGUCACCACACCAGGGCACCAGGAGAGAAGUCCCGCCCAAGUCCUCAGCCCUGCCCCGUCUCCUGAGGAGCAAGCCGGUCUGCUCUCCCCAGGCCACAGCCCUGUGGCAGAGGGAGCCCAAAUCCCACCUGUCUCUGUUGCUACCAAAGUGAAAUUGCCCGAGGAGAGCCUUUUCCCUGAACCUUUGCUCCCCAAAGUGAAGCCCAAAGCAGAAGUGCCCACUGACCAGAGAGCUGUGCGCUCUCCUAUCCGAUCGCAGCCAGUGGCUCUGCCGGAAGCCAGGACACCUACCUCCCCAGUUAGUUCACAGCGCCUGUCACCGUUGGCCACCUCCACCCCCACCACCACCCAGCUCCCCAUUUGCUCCCAGCCUCAGCCUUCCUCUGAGGCCACUAUCCCGUCCCCCACCAAGUCCCCCAUAUGCUUCCAGCCUGUUCCAGCCAAAACAUCCAUCCCCGUGGUUCCCCUCCCCUUGAAGAACCAAAGGGACACCAAGGAUAGACUGGGCAGCCCUCUCGCUGUGGAUGAGGCCCUGAAACGGAACGAUCUGGUGGCAGAGUUCUGGAUGAAGAGCGCCGAGAUCCGCCGCAGCCUCGGGCUCACACCUGUGGAUCGGAGCAAGGUGUCCGAGUCCAGCUUCCCCUCACCUGCCUUUAAACCAGUGUCCCUAAAAUCCUUUUCAGUUGAGAAGUCUCCUCAGGGUGAGGGGCUCCAGCUUCUAAAACCUCCACCUGUUCCUAAGAGACUAGGCCUGCCGAAGUCGGAUGGUGACCAGCCCUCCCUGCCGACCCCCAAGUCCCCAUCUGACAGAGAGCUGAAAAGCUCCCAUGAGGAGAGAAGAGAUCUGUCAAGCAGCUCUGGGCUGGGCCUUCAUGGGAGCUCCUCCAACAUGAAAACCUUGGGCAGCCAGAGCUUCAACACCUCAGACUCCACCAUGCUCACUCCACCUUCAAGCCCACCUCCACCCCCACCCCAGGAUGAGGAGCCCGCAACUCUUCGAAGGAAGCCAUAUCAGAUUUAUGAGCAUAAGGAGACCAAGCCCAAGGCCUCGGUGAUCCCACCCCCACCACCUGCCUCCUUUAUGCGGGCCCCCCGAGAGCCUGCCCAGCCCCCUCGAGAGGACUUGCGGAAGUCGUUUGUGGAGAGUGUGGAUGAGAUCCCCUUUGCCGAUGACGUGGAGGAUACCUAUGAUGACAAGACGGAGGACGCGAGUCUACAGGAGAAGUUCUUCACACCCCCCUCCCACUGGCCCCACACAGAGAGGUCCCUCCACCCACCCCUAGCCAAGGAGAAUGGUAGGUUGCCUACUCUGGAGAGUGGGGUCCAACCACAGAAGAGGGGCCUGCCCGUGGUCUCUCCAGAAGCCAAGGAGCUGGCUGAGGAGCGCAUGCGAGCCAGGGAGAAAUCUGUGAAGAGCCAGGCAUUGAGAGACGCUAUGGCCAAGCAGCUGAGUAGGAUGAAGGAGAUGGAGAUGGCAGCUGGGACCUCCAGGCCCCCAGGAGGCACCUCCCGCAAAGCCUCCUCAGUUGCCUCCAAGGGCAAAGACCUCGGCCCCGAGUCCCCUAAACGCCCCGUUCUCAAAGGCCCCAGGGAGCCUACCCUGAAGCAUGAAGCCACUAGUGAGGAGGUCCUCUCCCCUCCGUCGGACUCAGGGGGCCCCGAUGGUUCGGUCACCUCAUCUGAGGGCUCCAGUGGGAAGAGCAAGAAGAGAUCGUCACUCUUCUCCCCCCGCAGAAACAAGAAAGAGAAGAAGUCCAAAGGCGAGGGCCGGCCUCCAGAGAAGCCCAGCCCAAACCUCCUGGAGGAAGCCGCUGCCAAGCCCAAGUCCUUGUGGAAGUCCGUCUUUUCUGGGUACAAGAAGGACAAGAAGAAGAAGGGCGAUGACAAGUCCUGUUCCAGCACCCCUUCCAGUGGUGCCACUGUGGACUCAGGCAAGCACAGGAUGUCUCCCAUUGUGAGAGCAGAGCUGCAGCUGCGGCGCCAGUUGAGCUUCUCCGAGGACUCAGACCUCUCCAGUGACGACAUCCUUGAGAGGUCUUCCCAGAAGUCCAGGCGAGAGCCAAGAACUUACACAGAGGAGGAACUGAACGCCAAGCUGACCCGGCGUGUGCAGAAGGCAGCUCGGAGACAGGCCAAGCAAGAGGAACUGAAGCGGCUACACCGAGCCCAGAUUAUCCAGCGGCAGCUGGAGCAGGUGGAGGAGAAGCAGAGGCAACUGGAGGAACGAGGGGUUGCCGUGGAGAAGGCGCUCCGUGGUGAAGCAGGCAUGGGGAAGAAAGAUGACCCCAAGCUGAUGCAGGAGUGGUUCAAGUUGGUGCAAGAGAAAAAUGCCAUGGUGCGCUACGAGUCGGAGCUGAUGAUUUUUGCCCGGGAGCUGGAACUGGAAGACCGGCAGAGCCGACUACAGCAGGAACUUCGGGAGCGGAUGGCAGUGGAAGAUCACCUGAAAACUGAGGAGGAGUUGUCAGAGGAGAAGAAGAUCUUGAACGAGAUGCUGGAGGUGGUGGAGCAGAGAGACGCCCUCGUGGCCCUGCUUGAGGAACAGCGACUCCGGGAAAAAGAAGAAGACAAGGACCUGGAGGCUGUCAUGCUAUCCAAGGGCUUCAGCCUGAACUGGUCCUGAGCUCUACCUGUGCUCCGGCUGGCUGGUCUGUGGCAUCCACCUGACCCAGGCUGGGUUCUCCCAAACCACCCGGAUGAAAGAUCUCAGAAGGCCCGGCACCUCCUGGGAGUUGACACGCAAAUGUCUAUGUGCCUCUUGAAAAGUGGGUCAAGUGUCUGUGCUCUGGGGAACCCCAGGUGAAGAUGAUUAUCUGAGGUGGCUCAGCCUCCUUGGAAGAGGCCCACCCUGACUUCCUGCUCCAGAGAGAGGAAUACGGAGCAUUUGACAUGUGAUAUGGGAAAAAAGAAAACCCGCUCGCUCCCCAAGGACACGUGGUGGCUGGAGCUCCUCCUUCCACAAGAGGAGACAAGAGAAGGAAGCUGCCCCCUCUCCGUCAAAACCACAACCACCAGAGUGCACCUUCAUGGAGCGGAAGGGACAGCGAUCUUCUUCAUGCUUCCUGAAGCACCACCAAAGAAACGAAGAAGACACCCCGGCGGGGGCAAGAUGUGACUCAAGCCCUGGGAGGGGGGCAGUGGCCAGCAGGUCAGCGCCUGCCCCAGUAUCGCAGGGGAAGCUGGAGAUGGGCUGGCUCCCGAAUUCAUGAUGCAAGUAAGGAGGACCCAGGAGGGGUCUGCUCCCUGGCCCCCUGCACCGCACACUGGACCCCUUGUGGCCAAAUGCCCCAGGCCUCCCUCUGGCUGUGACCCGAGGCCUGAGGAUUGCUGCAUUCUGCUUUGAAUUCACAACAAUUUUGACACUGGAAAUACUGACUUUGGGGGACAGGAUGAGGCCCUACAUUUCUAGCCCCCAGUUGACAGACAGGCGUUGUUACUGUUCAGCGCUUCACGUUGGGGUGGGAGAUUAUCUUUUUCCCUGACCUUUUUCCUGUGUUUGCACAUUGAGAUGAAGCUGUCAGCCUAGCAAGACGCUCAGCCGCUUCGGACCCUUUUUGUCAGUUAACUUAUUUUUUUAAUACUUGAAGAGAAGUAACUUCAUUUUUAUAUCUUUACUAGAGACACUGAUCACUUGGCACCCGAUGUAGGAGUGACAGGGGUAUCUGCCGUGUCCUCCUACACGGUCCUAUCCCGAACUGACUGAACGCUGUUCCAGCCAUCUAUUUAUUAGCCUUCUUCAGAGUGUUGCUGACCCAGUUGGCAUCAGGGAGCAGCUGAGAACCCCACGUGGGUUCUUGGUCCUAGCUCUCCUGUCCCCUCCUGUAUUUGGCAUCUGGCCCCUCCUCCUUGACCCGGCCCACCCUCACUGUGGUACCAAACUUUGUGUCUGCACCAUUCAUUUGUCAGGGGUACAUUUCAGCACUGUUUGAGGCCAGGCCAAAGGGCACAGAUGCCACUUGCCUCUCCCUGUUGAACCCUGGCUCUGCAGAACCCAUUUAUUUUCUCCAUUUUGGUGCCAGGGUUUCACCUCCCCAUAGCACAUUUAUUAUUAAAGGUAAGCCCUUUUCCAGGCUGGCAUUGUAGGCUGGGACCUUGUAAUCCCUCUGGCUGAUGAGAAUUCUCUCAGCCCAGCCUCAGAUCCAACCCGAUAGAGAUGCAAGUGUUGGAAUUUAGGUUGGUCUCUCACAGUUAACUCUACUCCGAACCUCCUCUGCACCUCGAUCUUCAUGGGAAGGCACGGGAUAAUGAGCACCAUGUAACUGGCUCCUUGAGCCAAACUGCUCAUUUGUCACAGUUCAACUAGAGACUGGCAUUGUACAGCUCAUAGAGCCACAGUCGGAGAAAAUGUGGUGGGGAAUCCACAGAACUGACACACGGUCAGCGCAGGGAGGAUUCCUGUCUGAGCAAGGCCAAUCCGGAAGGGCCCUCCGGCAGACUCCUGGUGGACAGGGGCCAGGGUAGGGCGAGCAGAGGCCUGGCAGCUCCUCAGAGUAGCCUAGAUCAGGUGUCCGUGCCGACCUUGGGACUUCUGUGGGGAGCCCCGCCAUGCCUCAGCUUGAACCUUCAUUCCUAGUACAAAGGAACAGGGAAUGUGUCUUGCUCUUCACUUUGUCCAUGAGCUGCCAUCUGUCUCCUGUGGAAGCACAGGAGGUGUGCUGCUAACAACCGUCGCAGCUCCGACUCCUUCACUUCCUGUUCUCUGAUGAGGCGGAAUGUCCGUGUUUAUGCGCUUUCUUAAAAAGGCGAGAGGAGGGUGUUCUGGAUUCCCUCUUUAAACCUCACCCUUCCAGUAAAAUUGGACUUGAGACAGGCCCCUCAUCGCCUGUGUGGCCUUGUCCCUGACCCUCUUCGUCCCUCGAAUGCCGCCGUAGCCAGCCCAGCCCCAGGAGAGCCGCCUCCAUCCCUCCUGGCUCCUGCAAACCCUGGAGCAAGGCAGCGCUGUGCCAAGUGGUGGGCUCGGGACGUGACCGUAGCGACACGCUGUGAGUAGCCUCAUGUAGCGCGGGCGCCACACGGGACCUGUGCCCUCGCGACCGGCCGGCCCGGUCAGCCUUUAACACCCCUGCGUCCUUCCGAAGCACACACUGCGGGCUGCGGUUGCUAGAAAGGGGACUGAAGACUUUGCAGAGAAGGUUCCAAAAUCCACAAGCCUCCAACACGUGCCCCGGUUCUCCACUCCCGACGCUGUUAGGACUUGCGGCUCUAGUAGUGCCCCUUUCUUUUAAAGCUCCCGUUUUAUAACCACUAGUUUGCAGUUUAUGUUAGUACCCUGGUGACAGGCUGCAUGAAAUGUUUUCCAACUCUGGAAAUGCAUGCAGCUCCAGGCAACUGUUCUUCCCAAGAUUUAAGUCCCCUUGAAGGCAGGGACACAGGAAAUGAAAUGCCAGAGCUUGAGUGAGCCCAAACACAAGGCCCACAGAGUGGGCAACCAGUUCCGCAUCACCAGAGGGAGGCAGCAGACACCUCCACUCCUGAGUCUGAGGGACUCCUUGUGGGGUUCUCACCCUGCUCGGGUGAUAUCUUUGGGCCUUUGCCCCCAGAAACCAUCCUCCAGUUGCUUUUGACCAGCAAUGAUAGACUAUUCUUUAUCCUCUGAAAAGAGAAGAAAGUUUUCAGUGGGGCAGGAGGUAGAAUUCAAAGAAAAACAGUUGUAAGGUGGUAAUAACUGAGCUGCAAAGGGGAAUGGGCCACUUUAUGCGCAAUAAAAGUUUUUCACAGAAAUACAGAGUGUAUUUCUUAAGUCAUUUUACCAAACUUGGCAGCGAGCCAGGAUGCAUUUCCAUGUUCCAGCACCUGCCCUUUUCAGGUAUGUGGUGUCCAUGCAAGUCAUUUAGAUGCCUGGCGCAUGUGUGGGUGUGUGUCCAAGCUUGUUUAAAGAACACAACUUCAUCUUACCCAGGCUCAGCCAUCAACUGCUGUCAUUUGAGAAAAUGCCUGAAACAACUUAGUGUGAUAGACGCUGUUCUUCAAAACCAGGCCCCAGUACCGUCUUGAAGAGAGGAAGCACGUUCUGUGAAGUGAGAUUCUUCAAGUUGGAGUGGUCCCGUGCUCCUGGCAGCCUUCCUUGCCAGCCCUGCAUCCGUGCCAGCCUGGCCUCUGUCCUUUGACACAGCUGCCCAGGGAGCCCAGUGGUGUGGGGUCUGCAGCCUCCAGGCCUAAAUCGUUCAGAUGUGUCAGUGUCCACAAGUACAUUCAGCAUAGGGUCUUGGAGAGAUGAUAUCACCCUUCUUUGGACUGGAAUCAUCCCCAAGAGAUUGAAGGGAACAAUCCUGGCCAACUCUUCUCUCUGCUACAGGAAGCCUCUUGGGUUUGUCUCCAAAUGGAGACACAUUCCAGCUCUUUUCCCCUCCCUUGGUGUGAUGACUUUGUCAUCACCCACAGAGCUAACCCCAAAGGCACAUGUCUCCCUCCGGCCCAGUAACGGCUGCAGGGAGAGAAAAAAUGGCACUAGAUGGGUGGAGGGGAGUGUUGGCCAGCCUAGAAGUCACUGCCAUGGAAGCUGGUUCCAGAGCCUUUCAGCCUUAUUGCCCGCUAUCCCAGAAAGAAGAAAGGGGCCUCUCUGACACAGACGUGGACAUCUCAGGCAGAAAAAAUAUAACUAGCUCAAGUGAACUUUCUGUGGCCAUGGUGCGUGCCUGUUGGGGAAGACUGGAGUUCGGUAGUCACCACCUGUGCCGAUCUCAGUCACCUUUUGUUCCUCAGAGGGGCUGGCUUCGAUUAGAGCCGGAAGCAGGCAGGAUUUGACCGCAGUUCCAGCAGCCCCAGGUAGCCAGAAAUGAUGAUUGCUGUUUUUAGGCAGGUAACCAGAAAGGAAGACUGCCCAAGCCCCCACGUAAGUGCCACCUCAGAAGCACACACCCUCAUUCCUUCCAAGAAACUACCAUGUCUUAUGGCUCUGAAAUCCCUCCUGAACCCUGAGUCUUCCUGGAAUCAGAGUGAAAAAUGGCAAACGGAGAGAAUGUGCCAUUUUAGGAAUCAGAGUGAAAAAUGGCAAAUGGAGAGAAUGUGCCAUUUUAUUUUAUGAGCUGGCCAGACUGGCCCACUUAUGGAGAUUCUCCCUCCUCUUGUGUUACCGGCUCGGAAGAUCCCCUCCCAGCAAUGCUCAGUGAAGAGGGUAAGAAGCCAUCCUCUUAGGUGGGUUAUGCCCCACUGAGGUAUCAGCCCAGGGGCCAGAGCUGCACCACGUACGCUAAACCAAGGAGCCUGUUAGGCCAGGUGCCCAGGGUCACAAAGGCCUUUCACGGACACUCCCAGAUGGACCACCUGUCGCUGCUGAACUUGACCACGUAGCAUUUUGUGACAGCCCCACUCCUUGUGUCCCCUGCCCUGAGGUCUUCCUGCAGGUGGGGCUUAAACAGGGAAGCCAGAGUCCUGGCUUCUGUGGAUAGGCCAUGUAUGCUGGCUGCCUCUGCCUGAGAAGGCAGCUGAUACCAAGACAAAUAUGGAAGAGGCGACAACGUCCAUGAUGCACACUCGUGCGUGUGCGCAUACACAUAAGCAUCUUCCUUUUCAUGGUCAGCAUGACCUUUCUCCAGAGUGGACAUCUAGCUGUAAAGUAGGCUGAAUUUAAGCCUUUGGACCCAGGAGGGACCAGCUAUGGUGGUGGUCCAGGCUCCCGGCUAAGGCAGGAUCCAAGUUGAGGAUCUUGUAACAACAAACAGCCUGGUGCGUGGAAGACCACAAUUGUAUGGAACAGUCUCCAAAGUAGGCAGAUGGAGCAGUCCUCCAGAUCCAGGGGAAGGGUCGUUUGGAGUGCCCAGUGCAGGUGUGGGGCUGCCUCACACAACCUGUGAAAUGAGAAGGAGGUUGCUGGUGUCUGUGGCCACAAGUGAGAGAGCGGUAAGGAAAGGGAGUUAGCAUUCAGACAUGAGACUCGCUCCUGCCUCUUCCCUGACUUCAGAGGAAGCUGAGGCUUAGCAUGUAACUGGUCGGUGCCUCCCUCCCUGUUAACCAACCCACAGGAUCCAUGGGAGGGCAAAACAUUGAAGGGUUUGAGAUUCUUGAAUCGGGGCCUUUGUAGAUGGACAGACAUCUUUCAUGACGGUAACUAAUGUUGCCCUUGAAGAAACCAGAGGAGGACUGAAGGCGGUCCCAGCACCUCUAGGGGCUGACUCCUUACUACCCAAGUUCAUCUCCGAUCUAUCUAGUGAGCCAAUGGAGUUGUGCAUUUAUUUUUAAUUACUUAAAAUGCUGGGCUGAAUCUUCUGUUUCCUCUCAACUUAAUCCAGGUUGCUGUAGACAGGCAGUGUUCGCAGAACCUUCAGAUGGGCCGCUGCUGGGUGUGUGCCUGAGGCUGGACCAUGCUGAGCUCGAGUCAGCACUCAGUGCCUUACUGGGAACAAACCAGCACUCUCAGCUCAAGGGGACGCCCCAGCCUUUUCCCUCCUGCCCCCUUCUACAGCCCACAGCCACCGGCCACCUCCACCUUCAUCUUAAGGCAGCUCUGCCAAACCUGCUCUCCCUGUGGUGGCUCCAGGGGACAUGCCGUGGGUCCCUGGUCCUCCAGAGUCAUGAUCAAGGAUAAGGGAUUCAUCCAAGUGAAGGCUAGGGUAUGUUAGUGUUACGAUGCUGAUCAAGAGCCAAAACAAGGGUUCACUCACAUACACCAGAGGCAACUGGCACAGCAAGCAACAGGAAAAAAUGAGUGUUUCUUGGUAGAAAGGCCCAGAUGAAUACCCAAGGUUUGGCACUGUGGCCUUCAGGUUGUCUCCCCAAGAGCUUGAAUGCCAGGUCUUUCCUGUGGAGAAAAACACAAGAAGCACCUGACAGCCAACAGCCCCCUUUCCCCAGCUGCAUUUAUUUAACGCUUUUUAAAAAUGUUUUUAAAGAAUUAAGUACCAUUUUUAAAAUGUAACCAGGGCCAGACUUACUUGGUACCAGCCUUCAUAUUGGGACAGAAUCCUGUUUCUGGCCCUAGUAAUUAAUGUUGUAAGUCUUCAUCACAUUGUUAUUAAAGUCACCUGUAAAAAUCUGGGUGGGGAGGCAGGAGGGUCAGGUGGGGAGGGUCGUGCCUGAGGCUGGAAGAUGCUGGCCUUGGGUCAGCACUUGGUGCCUUAUACCAGUUUGGGAACAAACCAGCACUCAACUUGGCGGGGCACCCUCUUCUUUUCCCUGCUGCCUCAUCUACAGCCCAGGGGAUCAGAGUUGGUAGAGCUUUACCUCCUGAGGGGUGGUGACCCCAGAGUGAGUGUCUCUUCUGAGUGAAUCACCCCACCAUGGCCUUGGCCCCUGUUCCUGGAAGAUGCAGAGAGCAGCCCCAGGACCCUGCCAAGUUUUCCUAUGGGAAGAUAUUUGGAAGAAGCAUCAAGAAAAGACAAGUCUUCUGCAACGCUGUGCCUGAGGAGCGUGGGGAGCGGGGAUGCCCGCUGUGUUGACUGCAGGGGUUGAUGUGGACAUGUACACUAAGUUCAUGCCUGUGUGUGUGAGGAGCCCUGCCCACCCUGUUCCUGAAGUUUAGAGUCUUUAAUGGGAAGGGACGAGGGAAACAAAUAGUAACUUUUAUUCGGUUUGGUGUAGCCGAGUGCACAUUUAUCCUCCAGCUGUUUGCACUCCUAUGGCCGACAACCAAAAUAAAGUCCGUCAUUUUUUUUU